AUGCUCAUUGCUGGGGCACUAAAGAGGGAGGUGGUCGUGCACAUGGAGGAUAGAACAAUUUCAGCACCACCGUGCACAUGUUUGGAAUACUUUGAAGGCGAGGAGGUGCAUGUGUACGUGGACAGAGGCGGAAGGGCCUACUAUCUGACGACAAAAACUGGUGAUGAAAAGACCCACAUCAUGAAGGAGGCGAACAGAUUUGAAACAGAAGAUCCUGACAGAAGAGUCAUACUUUAUAAAAGGCUUUUCGUAACAGCAACAGAACUGAAAGCUGUUAUGGCUAAUGAAUGGCUUGACGACCAUGUCAUCGACACCUGUCUUUGCAUCUUCAAAGACGAAAAUGACACCGAGACGGUGGUCUUGCUGGCAACCACGGGGAUUCUUCUCCAAGCUAAAACAGAUAUUGAAGAAAAUGACAUGCUUCCUGGGAAUAUGAUUGUUCCGAUAUGCACAGGGUAA